CUGAGUUCCCAGCCAAAAUGAGCAUGGCGAAGCAAGAGAUUCCAGCGUCGAACAAGGGCUACAAGAUGCUGGCAGGCAUGGGAUGGAAGGCAGGAGAAGGUCUGGGCGUGGACAAGCAAGGCAGGACGGAGCCAGUGCCGACGUGCUUCAAGCGCGAUCGAGCAGGACUGGGAAAGAAGAAGCUUCGUCUCCGCGUGACCCAUACGCUCGUGGUGUCGACUGUUGCGACCAAACCAUCGCCACCACCACAACCCAAGCUAACCAGCACAGAAAAGAAGAGAAUCCAGCAAGACAAAACCGCCAUCGAGAAGAAGCACCAACAAUACGCCCGAGACCUUUACGGAGACAUCGCGGAUGGUUACGAAGCGUACUUCCAGUCGUGACUUGAAGGGUAUGAACAGGUCGCAUCCUGCAAUGCGAUCAAUGAACGACAAGAAGCGAAGGCUUCCGCCCGACUACGGAUAUAUGCGGCUACCUGUAGGUAGUAAAUACACAACCUAAGCAGUUGCUGUGGAGAACCAUUCCAGUACUAUAUAAUACAAUACUUGAG